AUGGAGGCCGGGAGCUGCCGCUACCAGUUUCGGAUUGCGCUGCUGGGGGACGCGGCCGUGGGCAAGACGUCGCUGCUGCGGCGCUACAUGGCGGGGGUCGCGGAGCCCGAGCCCGAGCCCACGGUCGGCGUCGAGUUCUACCGCCGCGAGCUGCAGCUGCGGGCCGGGCCGCGCGUCAAGCUGCAGCUCUGGGACACCGCGGGCCACGAGCGCUUCAGGUGCAUCACCAGGUCCUUUUACCGCAAUGUGGUGGGUGUCAUGCUGGUCUUUGAUGUGACAAACAGGAAGUCCUUUGAACACAUCCGAGACUGGCACCAGGAGGUCAUGGCCAAUCAGGGCCCCAACAAGGCGAUCUUCUUGCUGGUUGGCCACAAAAGUGACCUGUGGAGCACCCGCUGUGUCUCAGCCCAGGAGGCAGAGGAGCUGGCUGCCUCCCUGGGCAUAGCCUUCAUGGAGGCCUCAGCCAAAAACAACUGCAAUGUGGACCUGACCUUUGACACCCUUGCCCAUGCUAUCCAGCAGGCCCUGCAGCAGGGGGACAUCAAGCUGGAAGAAGACUGGGGGGGUGUCCGACUCAUCCACAAGACCCAAAUCCCCAGGGCCCCCAGCAGGAAGCAGCACCCAGGCCCAUGCCAGUGCUGA